GCAGUUCAGAAAAGACUCCGUCCCCACCAAGUCUUCGAAUGAUGUGUUCCUGAAAUCAAUAUAUGCCCUCCGUGCAUAGACAGGAAGAACGCGGCAUGGAAGAGGCCCGCGACAGAUGAACCUUUCGAACGUGUGUUUGUGCCUCUGGCCUCAAAUUGCAGCAUGGCCUCAGUCCUAGGACGGCGGUUGCUAGAAAUCCCUGCAUCCUGACUGCACCUGGUAAGUUCCUUUGUUGCCUUUGUCUCCUCCGUCUCUAUCCCGCUCUCGGAUGCGUGGCUGCAGUAGCAGUGGCUGGCACAAACAAUGAGAUAAUUCAUGCCGUGCUGCUUUCUGCUGCAGUUUAUUAUGUUCUCGCAAUGGCGUUCUUCAGAUCAUUCCUGAAUACAGCUCGGCAUCGUCGUUAUCACCAAUAUGGAAGAGGACGGACGGAGCCUGCUCCACCACAUGCCACCGCACGGACAACCUGGUCAACACGGGCAUUCCAGUAGGUGGCUUCCCGACAACCUCCCGCAAAACACCUCGCCGCAAGAAAGCGACCAUUUCACUGACGGUGACUCCCUCGAGAACGUCGCUCUUGAGCUAUACACGGAGAUCCUCUUGGGCCGAGCGCACUUGCUCCUUUUCAGCUCCGGCCGUGACGAUGUCAGCGCCCAGGACAAUCUAUUUGAUCGAGGCAAGGAAGUGCUGGAAGAGGCGGUAUCAUUGUGCUUUUCAGGGCAGCACCCUGUGAGCAAGGCCCUGGUCGCCAAAUGCUGGUAUAUGAAGGGGUUUCUUGCCGACGUCAGUCGUGACGACGAGAACGCAUUGAGUUGUUUCAUACAAGCAACGGACCUCGAUGAUAGUUACAAAAGCCUCGAGAGGGUGAGAUGGCACCUCCGGCGCCGUGAAGAUCUGGAAGAACUGUUCGAGGCGUGGGAUCACCCAGACGGACCGUUCGAGAGCCAGAUUGAUGGCUAUCGGCUGGGUGAGCCGGAUUCCGAUCAUGACGCAGCGGCGACACCGUCAUCUCCCACCGCAACCACGCCAAAUUCCCGACACAGUCAACUGUACGAGUUCCUCAUGUCCGAUAUAAACAACACGGACCUGAAGGUCCACGAGCCCGCCCCUGGAGAUUCAUCGUCCGUCUUCUCUCCGUACCAGCCGCAUCACUUGCCGCCGAUUGCCACCCCGCACAAAGCCUUCUUGACGGAUCGGGUCGACCAACUGGUCCAAGAGAAAAUCAACGGUCCGGGGGCCGAGAGGCGGGCGUCCCAGGAAACACGCGAGGCAUUGAAAGAAUCCCAAUACUCUCCCGUGAGGGACCCUUUCCUCCUACGGGUGGAGGAGAACAAGAAGAAGGCGAAACUGGAAGCAGAGGAGCGGAUGCACCACAUCCGAGCAGCCAGGGCGCGGCAAUCUUCGGCCUAUUCUCGACGCCUUUCAGGCCAGGAUCCUCCUCUCUCCGAUGGACUCAGCAUCGCCUUGGAAGAUGUGCCCGGGUCCGCUCGCAGGUUGACAAUCAACACCCGGGGGAUAAGACGACUGUCGACAUCAUCAAAGUCAAGCGACCAUUCACCGACCCUGCCCAGCCCGUUGAGGAAAGCCUCAUUGCCGGGAGAUGCGCAGACAACCGCUGAUGGCUCUUGAUGCCGCAUUCUUCGAGCGACGGGUGCUAGCGAGCCCUACGGUCCCGGGACGCACUUUGUCUCUCAACGGCUGUGAAUCAGAGCUGGGCGAAUAGCUAGCCUCAGGGGACGGAAUGGCGGAAUCGAGGAGAGCGCCGCAGCCUGAUGCACCAAGGCUUCGGUCAACUCGCAAUAAUAAUGUGAUUACUCCAAGCCUUCAUGUUGUAACGCUUCAUCUCGAUUUACGCUUCCGGUCUGAAAUAUUAUCCAGCGUCCGCAGUCACCACAAACUCCUCCGCACGCUCGCUCCACAACCGGCCUAUGCAAAUUCGCGGAAUGGUGGCCGUCAAGCAGGUUUCCAUGGUUGAUUGCAGUGUCGAAGUAAGAGAAGUCCCGAGUGCUGGUUGCGUCUUCUCCCCGCAACGGCUGGGAAAGGGGAUUACUGAUCUACAAUAUGCUGCCGACGUGUAGCUUCAGCGCGGACCCCGAGCUUGAAUGCCUAGGUAGUGGAGAUGAUAUUGUCGAACAGACUUUCUGAGAACACCCUGCUGGUCGCAGUCGCUCUUUUGCAUUGGGGUGGAGGUGCCUUUGUGAAUUAUUCAUCAAAGAACCUGGCCCCCUGUCGGAGGGUUGGAGACGGAAUCAGAAGCAUGCUAUAGAGUCGGAGCGGGACCACAUGUAUUUAUCCAUGACGGCUCGUCUCGACACUAUAGGGCGACCUCUUAAGUAUAGCUUGAACGUAAGAACAAGUAACAAGUGUG